AGUUCAUCAUACAAGAAUUGCUCAAGAACUCUAUCCGAGCCACCAUGGAAGCCCAUGCCGCCCGCAUUAAGGCCGAUCCAGACAACACCCAACCCGAGGGGCCUCCCCCUAUCAUUGUCACCUGCAGUCACGGUGAAGAGGACUUUAUCAUCCGCAUAAGUGAUAAGGGGGGGGGUAUAACCCCACUGGACCUACCGCAUGUGUUUGACUAUUCAUUCAGCACUGCCGUACAGUCGCAUGUGCCGCAUAUGAGGUGA